AUGGCACAGAUUGCGGUUAUAUCUGUCGUACAGAUAUUGAAGAACAAUUAUUCUUCCAGUGAUGAAAGUAGUAGUUCUGAAGAAUACGAGAUUCUCAUUGCACCGCGCAACAUUCGAAUUCAUUUUAGAUAUAAUAAAUCCAUUUGUGAUCGAUUUAAUGUUGGUAGAGCUACAGCAUUGAGAGCUGUGAGAAGAGUUACACGAGCUCUAUUUACAAUAGCUCCUCAAUUUGUAUCUUGGCCUUCAAAUGAAGAUGCACAAAUUAUAAUGCACAAGUUUGAAGAAGUCAGUGGAUUUCCAAAUACAAUUGAUGCCAUAGACGGCACUCACAUUAGAAUUGAAGCACCCAAAGAAAACGCAGUAGACUACAUAAACCGGAAAGGAUAUCAUUCCAUCCAGUUGCAGGCGGUGUGCGAUCACAGGGCCUUAAUCACUCAUUGCUAUGUUGGCCAUCCAGGAUCUGUUCAUAAUCAAAGAAUCUUCAGGCAGUCAGAAGUAGCCACAUUCUUAAAUAUUGAAGAAAAAUUUCCCAAUAACAGUCACUUGAUAGGAGAUGCUGCUUAUGAAUUACACGAACAUCUCUUAGUACCAUUUAAAGAUAAUGGACAUUUAAGUGAUGUGCAGAAACAUUACAAUUUCCGACAUUCCUCUGCAAGGACAAAGAUCGAACAAUGUUUUGCGUUGUUAAAAGGAAGAUUGAGGAGUUUGAUGCAUUGUUUGCCCAUGGUUAGAGUGGACCUAAUGCCUGAAUACAUAGUAGCAUGUUGUGUUAUCCACAAUAUUUGCAUACUACGUCGAGAUGAACUUAUAGUAAUACCACUGAUAGCACCUGAAGAAGUUACAGUGCAAGAUUAUGAUAUUAACCAAAGACAAGAUGCAAUUGGUAUAUGUAAAAGGAAUAUGAUAAUGCAUACCUUGCAAAGACAAUUUAACGUGUAAAGCAGAUAUUAUCUUUAAAACGGACACCUGCUUACAGUAGUCAAUGCUACGAAUCAAACGUUGUCCAAGGAAGUUCAAAAAAUGGGAGUGAACGUGGUAGAGAUUAUCCAUGAGAGCAAGCGUAAUAACAGAUUAGAAUCAAAUUCACUGGAUUCAACCACACCCACGAGUGUUAUGGAAA